UCCCCUCUGCUCCCAGCCACUCGCUUCCCUCCCCGCCUUUCCCACUCGACCUCGGAGUUCUCCCCGGCAUCCUCCUCCCCCGGCACCCUCCGGCAGCGCCGAUGCUGAGCACGGAAAGUUUCGCAGGGGCGAGAGCCCUGGGAGAGGAAUCGCUGCAGAUGUGGGACCUCAACAAGCGGCUGGAGGCGUACCUGGCCCGCGUGAAGUUCCUGGAGGAGGAGAACGAGGUGCUGCGAGCUGAAAUCCAGAGCAGCAAGAACAGCCCGGCCGGGGACUCGUGGCGGGUGAAGUACGAGGAGGAGCUGCGAGCCCUGCGGGAUGCGCUGGAUCUCGCCUUCAGGGAGAAGUGCACGGCCGAGCUGGCCAGGGACAACCUCUACGAGGAGGUGCAGCAGGUGAAAAGCAGGUGCCAGAAGGAGCAGGCAGCCCGAGAAGAAGCUAAGAAGCAGCUGUCCUUGAGCAGGAAGGAGCUAGAGGAGGAGAGGAGAGCGCAGAUCUGGCUGAAGGAGAGAGCCGUGCAGCUGGAGAAGGAGGUGGAAGCCUUGCUGGAGGUGCACGAGGAGGAGAAAGCGGGGCUGGACCAGGAGAUCGCGAGUUUCUCCCACAGCCUGGAGAGCUUCCGCUGCGCACCGGUGGCUUUCCAGCCGGUGGAGGUGGAGGACUAUUCCAAGAGGCUCUCGGAGAUCUGGAAAGGGGCAGUGGAGACCUACAAGACAGAAGUGUACCAGCUGGAGGAUUCCCUCUGCCAGGCCAAGGAGAACCUGUGGAAGGCGGUGGAGGACAAUCAGCAGAGCCAGCUGCAGCUGCAGCACCUGGAGAAGGACCUGGCGGGGCUCAAAGUGAGGAAGGAGAUGCUGGAGGAGAGCCUGGCCCAGCAGUGGCAGGAGCAGCGCGGGGAAGCAGAAAAGUUCCAGCUGGCGAUGGAGGCCCUGGAGCAGGAGCAGCAGAGCCUGCGGGUGCAGAUCGCCCGGGUGCUGGAGGACAGGCAGCAGCUCAUGCACCUCAAGAUGUCCCUCAGCCUGGAAGUGGCGACCUACAGGACGCUGCUGGAAGCGGAGAGCAGCCGCCUGCAGACGCCGGCUGGGGAAUUCAGGUUGGCCAAUGGUGUGCGAGAUGUCAAACUGGAGGUGAGCAGCAGCAAAGUGGUUCCAGCGAGCCCUGAGAGCAGGCGGCUGCUGCCCCGAGACCACUGCAGCAGCCCCUCGAUCUUCCCCAGGGCAGAGGGGAGGGGACAGCUAGCAAAACCCCAAAGUGACACCUCCACACCCAGGAGCCGCAGCCUCAGCUCCAGGGAGCUUCAGAAAAUCAGCUCAGCCCUCCACGGCACGGCAGUGCCGGCUGCCCCUGGCUGCCCCACACCCAGCCCCUCCCUCGCAGGCAGAGCUGCCCCUCGUCUCUCCCCAGAGCCCCCCAGCCCCCCAGAGCAGGAGAGCUCUCGGGGAGAGGGUCUCGCCUGGCCAGAGGGGGACAGGGGAGUGCUGAGCCAGGGGACAGAGCCUCCCAAUGGCAGCGUGGGGCUGCAGUACCCAGCCCAGCUGGUCAGCGAGGCGCUGGAGGAUGCUCUCAAGGCCAUGGAAGGUGAUGCUCAGCCCAAAGAAGAGCUCAGCAGCACGUGGGCCCCCCGGGAGGCCUGUGUCCCCAGCCCCGUUUUCCCCACUGAGGCUGCUGGAGAGGCCGUGUCAGAGGGGCCUGGGGAAGAGCAAGAGCCCUCUGAGGGCUCUGAGGACGGUGACAGCCCUGAGGUAGAGGAGAGGGUUGGGGAGGUCGUGCUCCAGGGACUGGGUGUGGAGAGCAGCGUCCUGCAGGACAAAGCCGUGUCCCCACCGGGUACGGCCUCAGGGAGCCAGGAGGAUUUGGGUGCAUGGGAGGAGGAGGAGGAGGAAGAGGAGGAGAUACCUGCUGUGCUGAGCCCAAAGGAUACAGAACUGGAGGCCCAGGAAGGGGACAGGGGUCUCCCUGGACAAGCAGUGACCAGCUGGGAAAAGCCAGAGCAAGAGGAGGACAGGGCAGAGACCCCAAGCACAGAGCCAUCACACCGCUCAGAGGAUGAGGAGGAGAGAGGACCCUGCGCUCCCUGCAAAGAGAACGGAGAUUUCCAGGAAGAAGGAAAAGAUGUGGAAGAAGAGGAGCACAGAGAGCUGGAAGCUGCUCAUGCUGUCCUUGUGGAAAACCACCUGGUUUUGCCCACAAAAGGUCACCUGGAAGAGGACGUUGUUGAUGCAGAGCAGGAAAGGUCUGAGCAGCAGAAAAUGUCCAUGUGUGAGACAGAUCUGGCUGCAGAGGAGGAAAGGGAACAGGAGCUGUGCCCAGAGCAGGAGCCCUUGAGUGUCCAUGAGGCUAUCCCAGCAGAGGAGGCUUCGUUAGGAGCUGAGGAAGAUGCUGUGGAAGGAGGAGAGGACACAGGCAGAGUGAAAGACAGUGAGGGAGGAAAAGGAGAGGCCAGCAGGGAGGUGCUGGGAGGAGAAGAUCAUGGUGUAGGACAGGACCCUGAGGCAGGAGAGGAACCCACAGCAGGAGAGGACCCCGAGUCAGGAGAAGACCAUGGGGCAGGAGAAGACUCUGAGGUGGGAGAGGAUCCCGGGGCAGGAGAGGCUGUGGGAGGUGACCCCCUGGAGUGGGAGAGCAGAGCCCCAGAGGAGCCUGAGGACCUGCAGGAAAGCUGCUCAGUGGAAGAGGAGGAGGAACAGGAGGAGCUGGAGCCAGGAGAGGAGCCCUGGGGUGGGGACAAUGGUGGCAAUGGCCAAGAGCCCUGUCCAGAGGACUGGGAGCUGACAGCAGAGGAUACUGAGGGAGUUUUGGGGCCAGAAGAGCCAGCCUGGGCAGAUGACACCCCAAGCAGUGCAGGAAGGCUGAAAAGUGAGGGGAUAGAUGGCACAUCACCAGCAGAGCUGGAGGAAGCCCAAGAGGAUGAUGAAGAAGAGGCUGAGAGCCAGGAGAUGAGCCAGCAGCAGCCACUGCCAGAGGCUGAGCCAGCAGAGGAGCUGGCAGGGCAGGAGCAGCAGGGCACCACGGCAGAGCCUGCCCCAGCCCCGCCAGGAGCCCCGGAGCAAGGGCACAGACAGGAGCUGGCCGAGGCCCCAGAGGAGCCGUGGGAGGUGCAGGAUGAGGAGGCUGAUGAAGGGCUCAGCUCAGAGCUCGUGGCACUGAAGGAGGUGCCAGGUGCCAGCGCAGGGAGCGGUGACUGGGCGCUGGAGGAGGUCCCCGGAGAGCCAGAGGCCACAGCAGGCACCGGCAGGAGGGUGGAGCUGGAGGACACCCUGCCAGACAGCACGGCCCUGAACCUCUAUGAAGGGGAGGUGCUGGCUGUGGGUGCACCCAGCACAAACCCUCCCGAGACCCAGGAGAGCACGGAGACAACAGGUGAAGGGUGCCUGGAAGGGAGGGACGAGCCACCAACUCCCACCGUGCCAGAGAGCCCUGAAGAGGAGGCAGGGGCAGAGGUGGCUGCUGUGGCAGAGAGUGCUGAGGAGGAGGAAGGUUAUUUCAUGGUCUCUGCUCCCAGCCAAGAGGUGUCCGGCUUGGAGGAAGCCGAGAUCUCUGAGGACUUUGAAGAAAUUAAAGUUGAAGUGACUGAAGGCAGCCAAGAUGAUCUGGAGGCUCCUGGAGAAGUAUCUCCAGUGCCAGAGGGCAAAGCACAGCUCGAGGUGCUUGUUGCAGAAGCAGAUGAAGAUAUGGAGGUGCCCACUGAAGAACCUGAGAUGCCAAAGCAUGAGGAGAACACUGCUGAGCUGGAGGAAGGCCCAGCUGUGCCUGAAGCAGAUCCCAGCUGUCCUGGGGCCAUGGAAUCAUUAGCAGGAGGUACCAAUGAACCAGCCCAGGGUGCCACAGGCACUGGAGCAUGGGAGGGACCAGAGAAUUCCGAAGAUUUGGCUGCUGAAUCUGACGAGGAGCUCCACAACACAACUGGUGAGCUGGAGAGGGAUGCCAGUGGAGCAGGGCAGGAGGAGGAGGGGGCAGAUGAGGAUGAGUCCAGCGUGGCUCUCCACGACACGGUCGAGGCCACCCCUCCAGCAGGACUGCAGGCCCAGGCAGUGCCUGAUGGAGCAGAGCAGCCACUGGAAGAGCAGCCAUCCACAGAGGAGGAAGCACUGGACAGUGACAGCCCUUCUUCACCCAGGAAUGAGCAGCCCCUCGAGGCCAACCCACCUCAGCUGGGCUCUGCACUGGAGCAGAGAGGUUUUCCAGAGGUGAUUCCUGAUAUCCCUGACACGGCUGUUCUCUCUGCAGAGAUGCCAGCAGAUACCAUGAAAGACUCAGAUAUUUUGGAAAUAGUUGAGCAGGCCCUGGAAUUCAACCAGGAGCUGAUGGGGGUGAGGGUGACAGAGGGUGGGCAGCAGGAAGGCAGAAGGACCGAGCUCCCUCGGGAUGCAGGGGAGGACUCCUCGCCUGCCUCAUCCAGUGAGGAGGAGAUGACAGUGCAGGAGGCACCAGAUGCGGUCCCAGAGAUGGAGGCUCGGCUCCGGGCUGAGAACGGGCUGCACCGGGAGGCCAGUCUGGAAGAGCUGGCGGAAUUCAGCGAGGAGGGGCUGAACGGCAUCGCCAGCACGGCACCGGCCCAGGAGAUCCCCACAGACACCGCAGAGCCCUCGGCGGUGAUGCCACCGCAGGUCCCCGCCCCUGGAGAUGGCACCCUGAGGGGGAAGCAGGGUGGAGUCCACCCCAGCCCUGUGCCCCCUGCCCUGGGGGAGGAUGUCCUGUGCCUCACACCCGACCAGCCACCAGCUGAGAGCUGAGCAGGAGCCCUGCUCCUCAGGGGAUGAGUGAAAACAGUCGGGGGAAUGUUCUGGUAGCUCCCUUCCUGCCAAAACCCCGUACCCCCACUCGUCCCAGCCCCCUCCUAAUGUUUCCCCAUCUCCUUAUGGUUUUUAAUGUGUUUGUGUGGAUUUUUUGCACCCCUUUUCAGAGUGAAGAACCACCAAGUUCCUUUCCACCCCACAGCCCACCCAAAUUCGCAUGCUUGCUCUGGGACCCCUGCUUCAGUUUGAGCUUCCUCUGAGUGGGUUGCCAUGGCUGUAUUUAAUUUAAACUCUGUUUCCUCAUUCCCUACAAUCCUCCCCCUCCAACUCCACCAGUAUUUGCCGCAGGACACACAGCUGGAGGCAAGGGACCCCCAGAGCUGCACCCUGGGGCUCAGUUUUGGGGCUACAUCACCCCAGGGUCCCCAGUCCCCUCUGACACUGGGGGCUGAGCCACGCUGGAUGUGUCCACAGCCCCGACAUUAAUUUAAUAAAGCCUCAUCCUCCCA